GUGCAAAGGGCAAAGUUUCCCCUGUUGCGUGAGCAGAGCCUUCCUGCAGCAGCAGCAGAGAAAACACAUUCCUGCUGGACGACAGAGACAGAAACAUUAAAGCUCCUUUCACUCAGGCUCAGAGGAGAUGGCUGAGAGGAAAGCCGUCUUGUUCAACUUCUGGGGAGUUGCUGUCUCUUCCAGCCCUCGUGAUGUUUUCCGCAGGUUGGAGGAGUUGCAUCACCUGCCUGGUGGUUUUCUGUCCGCCGUGGCGUCCCGAAGGGACAGCGCCAUGAGCCGGGCGGAGAGAGGUGAGGUGACCCUGUCUCAGAUGAUCGCAGCCUUUGAGGCGGAGUGUGUGAAGGAGGCCCAGGUCAGGGGUGUGACUCUGCCGUCCGAUUGGUCAGUCAGAGGCCUGCUGGAGGAGCUCAGGGAGGCGAUGAUGGACGUCCAACCAGCCGUGCUGAAGGCAGCCGCCGGUCUGCGUCACCGUGGGUUACUGACGGCCGUGCUGGCCAAUCACUGGCUAGAUGACAGCGCGGCUGGAGACGGUCCAGCCCGCCUUCUGUCUCUGCUGGGCGGCCAUUUUGACCAGGUCCUCCAGUCCUGCCGCUCGGGUCACAGGGUCCCCGAGUCCUCCGCGUUCAGCUCUGCUCUGCGGCACCUGGGAGUGACAUCGCAGCAGGCUCUGUGGUUGGACGCAGAUGAGGAAGGUGUGAAGGCAGCAGAGGGAGCGGGGAUGAAGGCCGUCUUGGUGGAAAAUCUGGCCGACGCUCUGGACAAACUGGCCGACUUCACUGGAGUUCAGGCUGCUGGAGCAGAGAGUCCUCCGCCCUCCUGCAGCCCAGAUGAAGUGUCUCAUGGUUACGUCACCAUCAGGCCUGGUGUGAGGACUCAUUAUGUUGAAAUGGGCUCAGGUCCACCAGUUCUGCUGUGUCACGGCUUCCCUGAGAGCUGGUACUCCUGGAGGUACCAGAUCCCGGCCGUGGCAGCAGCAGGGUUCAGGGUGUUGGCUCUGGACAUGAAGGGGUACGGAGAGUCCACAGCGCCCCCAGACACAGAGGAAUAUUCUCAGGAGCAGCUCUGCCAGGAUUUAAUCACAUUUCUGGACAAAAUGGCGAUACCUCAGGUCACCCUGGUGGGUCACGACUGGGGCGGCGUUCUGGUGUGGACCAUGGCUCAGUAUCAUCCUGAGAGAGUCAGCGCUGCGGCGUCUCUGAACACUCCUCUGUUCCCCGCCGAUCCUUCUGUAACUCCUGCAGAGAGACUGAAGGCUGAACCCAGAUUUGACUACCAGCUCUACUUCCAGAAACCUGGCGCGGCGGAGGCCGAGCUGGAGAAAGACUUGGAGAGGACCUUUAAGAUUUUCUUUUUCAGCAGCGGUGAAGCGGCGAAGCGUCCUGCCGUCAGCACCGCAGGAGUCUGCGCUCGAGGUGGUCUGUUUGUGGGUCUGCCGGAGCAGAUUCCCCGGAGCUCCGUGCUGACGGAGGCCGACCUGCAGUACUACGUCAGCCAGUACAGAGAGCGAGGCUUCAGGAGACCGUUGAACUGGUAUCGUAACGGGGAGGCGAACUGGAGGUGGAUGUGUUCUCGUCCCACUGCAAAGCUGCUGAUGCCUGCUCUGAUGGUGACGGCAGGUAAAGACCAGGUUCUGCUGCCGGCCUUCUCCAAAGGGAUGGAGGACUUGAUCCCGAACCUGAGCAGAGGACACAUCGAGGAGUGUGGACACUGGACUCAGAUGGAAAGGCCAGCGGAGACAAACAGCAUCCUGAUAUCAUGGCUUAGAGAGACGCACAAGAAGGCUGGAGGCGUUAAAGUGGCCCCCAAACUGUGAGGGGGGGGGGAGGAAGGGA